ACGAAAAAAUACGGUUUUCUUAAAUUAUUUUUUAUUUUAUGUGUAUGAGUGUUUUGCCUACAUGUAUAUCCGUGUGUCAGAUCUCUUGGAACUGAGUUACAGAAAGUUGUGAGCGACCAUGUGGGUGCUGAGAAUCAAACCUAGAUUCUCUGGAAGAGUGCUUAACCACUAAGAUAUCCCUCUAGCUUGAAAAAAAUCAGUUUUGAAUGGGAACAGCUCACAUAAAGUCUAAGAACAAGGACUUUGGAGACAGAAGAGUAGAUCUGGCUAGAUUUGGGGCUGCACACCUUUAAUCUCAGCAUUCAGGCAGCAGAGGCAGGUGGAUCUCUGAGUUUGAGGCCAUUCUGAACUACAUAGCAAGUUUCAGGCCAGCCAGGACUACUACAGUAAGACCUGUCUAUCUGAAAAAAAAAUUUUUUUAAUAAGCGUAGAUUUGAGUUCCCAGACUUCUGUAACUAGCUGUGUGACUAUGGACAAUUGACCAUCAUCACUUAGCACCCAUUUUCAUCAUCUGCUUAAUAGGAUAUACCUGUGGUAUUAGGAGCUAGUAAUAAUACAGAAGAGUAAGCUGGGCGGUGGUGGUACACACCUUUAAUCCCAGCACUCUGUGAGUUCAAGGCCAGCCUGGGCUACCGAGUGAGUUCCAGGAAAGGCUCCAAAGCUACUCAGAGAAACCCUGUCUCAAGAAAACCAAAAAAUAAAAAAUAAAAUAACAGAGAAGGCCUGCAGUACCAAUCCGACUGAAGGAGGUUUUUGGGAACACUGGCCCUGCUACCAGAACCCCAGGACCCCCCAUGAGUGCUGGUAAAGGAAGUCCUGGAUAGUGAAGUCCUGGCUGGUCCAGGAGUGAGUACUCCACCAUGCCACCCAUCCUCCAGCGCCUGCAGCAGUCCACCACGAUGAUGAGCCGCAGGAAAAUCCUGCUAUUGGUACUCGGGUGCAGCACCAUAAGCCUCCUCAUCCACCAGGGGUCGCAGCUCAGUUGGUACCCCAAGUUGUUUCCUCUGAGCUGCCCGCCUCUGCGAGAGUCGCCACCCCGUGCCAAGCACACGGCCGUGGCCUUCCUGAAGACCCACAAGACAGCGGGCACCACGGUGCAGAACAUCCUGUUCCGCUUCGCAGAACGCCACAAUCUCACCGUGGCCCUGCCUCACCCAAGCUGCGAGCACCAGUUCUGCUACCCGCGAAACUUCUCGGCGCACUUCGUGCACCCGGCCACGCGGCCCCCGCACAUGCUGGCCAGCCACCUGCGCUUCGACCGCGCCGAACUCGAACGCCUCAUGCCGCCGGACACGGUCUACGUCACCAUCCUGCGCGAACCGGCCGCCAUGUUCGAGUCGCUCUUCAGCUACUACAACCAGUACUGCCCGGCCUUCCGGCGCGUGCCCAACGCGUCGCUCGAGGCGUUCCUGCGCGCACCCGAGGCCUACUACCGUCCAGGCGAGCACUUUGCCAUGUUUGCGCACAACACGCUGGCCUACGACCUGGGAGGCGACAACGAGCGCAGCCCCCGCGAGGACGCCGCCUACCUGGCGGGCCUCAUCCGCCAGGUGGAGGAGGUUUUCUCGCUCGUCAUGAUCGCAGAGUACUUCGACGAGUCACUCGUGCUCCUGCGGCGCCUGCUGGCCUGGGACCUGGACGACGUGCUCUACGCCAAGCUCAACGCGCGCGCCGCCACCUCGCGCCUGGCCACCAUCCCCGAGGCGCUGGCGCGGGCCGCGCGCACCUGGAACGCGCUCGACGCCGGCCUCUACGACCACUUCAACGCCACCUUCUGGCGCCGCGUGGCGCGCGCCGGCCGCGCAUGCGUCGAGCGCGAGGCGCGCGAGUUGCGCGAGGCCCGCCAGCGUCUGCUGCGCCGUUGCUUUGGUGACGAGCCGGUGCUGCGACCCGCGGCGCAGAUUCGCACCAAGCAGCUGCAGCCUUGGCAGCCUAGCCGCAAAGUGGACAUCAUGGGCUAUGACCUGCCUGGCGGCGGUGCCGGCCCCUCCACGGAGGCCUGCCUCAAGCUUGCUAUGCCUGAGGUGCAAUAUUCAAACUAUCUGUUGCGGAAGCAGAAGCGCCGAGGUGGUGUGCGGUCGAGGCCGGAACCGGUCCUGGAUAAUCCUCCCCCUCGACCCAUCCGAGCGUUGCCCCGCAUCCCCCAGGGUACCUGAGUUCUGUCUGCCUCCUGGAACCCAGGUCUUGCUCCGUUAGGGCCCUUUUAUUCUCCACAGGCUUGAGCCCUGUGUCCAAAUGGAGGUGCAUCUGCAUCUGAGCCUGCCACCCCAGUGUCGCCUGAACCCCACUUUCUGGGAUGGCAUUGAUGGGCCACCCACUCCUCCUUCCCAAUUGGUUGGUGACUUUGACAAGAGAUCCAAGGGUGUUCCAAUACUGCCUACCCUGCCUUUUUCUGGGGACUGAGAACCCCACCUGUCUUUUGAGGGGCUGAGGCCCCCCACCUGUGUGAAGUGGAUGACCACAAGCCCCGGAGAGGGACUAAGUCCUGGGAAAACGCCGUGCUUCCUGUCAGCACCUGGGCUUUGUUCUUCCCAGAGCUGCAGAGGUCCGCUACUGUCUUCCAGUCGACUUCCCUACACACCUAAGCUGCUCCCAGACACCCAGAACCAAGAGUUCUUGGGUUGGGCUUUUUGUUUGGUCCUUCUUCCUCCUCCUUCUUGGGUUGGGCUUUUUGUUUGGUCCUUUUUCCUCCUCCUCUUCCUCCUUCUCUUCUUUUUUUAAAUAAAAUAACUUUAAAUGUG